AUGGAAACUGUGCAGUUGCUCGGGAUUAAAAGAUUUGUUUUCCAGUUUCAAGCUUGGGCGCGAUUCAGUGUUUGUGUGAUUGUUUGGGCGAUGACAGAUAGUCAUAAGGGGGGUGCCAAGAACGAAAAUGUAGCCGACAGCUGGGAAGAGGCUGGCGAUGAGGCCACGGAAAAAUUUUUCGAUGAACGUAAGAAAGAAAUUGAGGCGAAAAAGCAAAAACAAGAAGAGAUGUGGAGAGCAAGAGAAGCGGCACAACAAAUGCAGGAACAGGGCUCAAAUUUCGAUAAACCAGCCUUUCAAAUUUUGAAACGUCCACAAGGUUGUGAAAUGCAGUCGUCAUCUUCACAGCACGGUAUGGCAAAGCUUGAGGAAAAAACGAAGACGAUGACUCUUCAGGAAAGGGAAGCAGCAUACCUGCAAGCACGAGAAAGAAUAUUUGGGGGCGUUUAUAGGUUCGACGAAGAACGAGAUUUAGCUUUUGAUCAGAUGACUCGUAGUGCAGGUGGUUGCAUCCCAACAAGUGUGCCACUGCCCCAUCCAUCAUACCAUGCACCGAAUCCGCGACCUAGACUACCAGCUAUAAUGAGGACGCCAAGACCUCCAUUGUAUCAACAGCCACUUCCAUUAGGUAUACCACCGUUCAGGAUACCACCACCUUCAUCAGGUGCCUAUACACCAUCAUUACCUCCUGUUUCGCAGCAAAGGUUUCCAAUAGCUGGGAUCCAGCAUGCUCCAAAUCCUCAACUACAACGUCUUCCGUACUUCGAUUCCAGAAUUCCCCCUCCUGUAGCACCACCACCACCUUAUAUGGGGCAAAACUUGGGACAAAAUCUGAUUGGAAUUAAUCCAGCAUUCAACGAUCCUGCAAGAAGUAAUCCUGUGCCCUACGGACGCCCACCUACUCAACUGUUAUCACAGAAUCAGUUCACACUUUCGUUCAGCGAUCAGUCAAAUCGAUUUUACUAAAUUUUUUUUUUUUCGAAGUUACAUAUUUGUUCAUUUAUCCUUUUUCAGUUUUAUUUGUUGAAUCCUUCAUCGAUAUUUUCGAACCCAUAAAAAAUCUCUUUCAUGUUCUGAGAAUAGAACAAUACUGCAGGCUAUCAUUGUUUAACUGCGGUUUAAAUGCCGUAGAAUUUAAGAUAAUCCAUCAAGGUGUGAGUCUGGAAUCAGUUAUGCAAAUGAGGUGUUUUUUCACAUUUGCGGGGUUGGGAACUGUAAGCUCGGUCAGCAUCAAGGUGUUUCUGUAUCUCUUCUCUUUUUCAACUUUUUCUUUCCUAUAUUUGCAUCAAAGGAUUGGGAUACUUUGCAGAAAAUAUCAUUCAUAUAAAUCUUUUGCCCUGUUUAUAUACUCAGGGCGUUGUCAUUAACGAAUUAUAAUGUAUUAAAUUUUCUGUUUUCAAAAUAUUACUUGGAUUUCCUUCGUUGUACAUUUACGAAGAAGCUUGCUUUCUUUCCUUGCAGUAUAACUGAGACAGAUUUAACUUUGCUGUUUGGAUUGGUUCCUGUUUUGCCGUUGAUUAUUCGAAUAGAGAAACAGAAAUGCAAAUGCAUAAUGGUUUGUGAUGGAAAGAUAUCACUAAUGCAGACAUUUCCUGAUCAAUUUUGUGCUUUUCUCAUGCGCCGUAUGGUUUGUAUUUCAGACUAAAAUCUACAGCAGAAAGCAUCUGUAGAAUAAUAAGAUCAUAAUAUACGAUGUAAGAUAUGCAUCCUUCGCAUUUUAGGACUUAUCCAGUGUUCGAAACCUAAGUUACACAGACAUAAUGACUUUAAGGCAUCACUUCAUGCUGUUUUUUUUGUACUAAAAAUUGUUCUAUCUUUUAUUAUACUUGGACCAAACGUUCUUUCGAAAUAGAUUGAACAGGGUAGACUACAGCUAUAUAUUAUGGGAUAUAGUUCAUUUAAAUUAGACCAUAGUUGUUUAUCUGAUGCGCUUGAACGAAGCAGUUGAAGUAAUUUCGCCAUGGAAUCAUCGGGUUGAUUCUGUUUUUUCAUGUCUUUUUAUGCCGGCAAGGUCCGGAAAUGGCAAUACUCGAUAUUCUAGUAGGGAAAAGUUCUUUUCUGAAGGGAGAAGAAGCUUUUUUCUGGAUUUAAAAAUUUCACUGUUUUCUAAAUCUUAACCACGAUAAUGAGGAAAUUUUUGGUUGUGAAUGGUCUGUUGAUAUUUCCGCCUUUUGUGUUUUCCUCCGUAUAAAUUUCACGCAUUUUUUUAUCACUGAUUGUUUUUGUAUUGUUCGUUUCGGUUUCUUUUGACAAAUAAAUAUUUCAGUG